GCACGAAAGAGCUCUCGCUGGCGCACGCCCUCGUCUCCGCCGGCGUCACCUACGCCAUCAGCGAGGCCUGCACGCGCAGUGACUUUCCCUACUGCACCUGCUUUGAUGGCCACCGCUUAAAAGAGAGUGCUUUGCUGGAAGAGAAUGAAGAAAGCGUGGACGGUAGUUUGGAAGACGCUAAUAAUGUUGAAAACUUUGCUGUACAAACUGCGGCAGACAUUCGCGCCACCUACCAGUGGCAAGGCUGCCUGCGAAACGUCGACUACGGGGCCACCAUGGCUCGUCGUUUUCUCGACUCACAGGAGCGCAGUCACAUUACGCCCUACUCGCUGGUCAAUCUGCACAACAAUCUAGUGGGGAGAAAGUUGCAUUUAGUUGUGUGA